GGUUUAAAUGUAUCUUUGAAGAGAGUAUAACAUUUAAAAAAGAUAAAUAUUUUGAUUAUUUUAUGAAGAUCUUCCAAAAACAUGUCUGAAAGUCAGUACGAUGAUUCAACAAUAAUAAGGAAGAAUGACAGUCAACUCGAAGAUACUUAUCUCCACUGUUGUGAAUAUAUCCGGCAAAAAUAUCCAGAAUUGAAAAAUCAGUUGAAAAAAGAUUUCACUAAGCUAACACCAGAAAGUAUGGCUAUGCUAGAAGUAUAUCGUACGAAAAAAGCUGAAAACUGUGCAUUGGAUAAACAAAGUAUUAGUCAAUUGUUAGAAGAGAACAAGGCCUAUGGUAGUAUAAUGGAUCAUAUUCAACCGGAGAGUUGGCAAACUGGUCUAGAAGAUUGUAUGCAUUUUUAUACUAAUCGAUGGAAAGAGUGGAUAUGUUAUCGUCUUGGUCAUGAUGAUCACGAUCGUAAUUCAAUUCGUGAAUACAAUACCCGUUUCACUUUACCAAUGGAAUUGAAAGAAUUACAAGGAUUAGGUCCAAUGGAUUAUUGUCUUCGUUAUUGUUUUUUAUCAACAAAACGUACUGGUCUUUAUCAAAGAAUCUAUUCUAAAAUGAAAGAUAAUCGUCAUAGAAAAGUUAAUUUAAAAGUAGUUAUGGAUUCAAUUCGAAAUCUUCUUGGUGGUACACUGACUAAAGAACAAGCUGAUGAACUGGCUAGCUUAUUUGAAUUAUCUGCCGAUUGUAGACCACUUACAAUGAAUGAAUUCUAUAUAUUAUGUGCUGUGGCUGAAAGAUUAUACUAUCAAAAAAAUUUACAAUCAUUAACUGAAGAAACUCAACAAAUGCUAAGAGGUCCUAUAGAAAUUGCAGAUUUCUAUAACUUCAAGCCAAGAACUGAAGGUUUAAAUCUGAGACCCUCUCUUGUACGACUAUUAGACACCAUUACAAAACAAGGUAAGUAA